AGAGAAAGAACGACUGAGGUACGCGAGUUUAAGUGUCCAGUGAAUAUACCGUUGCUCGCUUGGAUUUCCUCAAGGGAAUUUGACUGAACUGUUCACAUGUGUAUCAAGUGUCGGUGAAAAUAAAGAAAGGGUGAUGAUCAUACAUAUAAGGGCGACCAUAGUGGUCGCCUUACUGGCCAUAUUUAGAGGAGUCUUUGCUCAGAAUUCAACUAGUAAUUUAUUCCAAUGUCCCACAGGUUGGGAACUGAGAGGUCUUCACUGCUAUAAAUUUUUCAACAUCAGGCAUUCUUGGGAAAAAGCAGCCGAGCUUUGUAGAAGAUAUGGAAGUGACCUGAUGGCAGUAGAAUCCUAUAGUGAAAACAACUUAACGGCCAGCAUUGCCACUUCUUCAGUGCCGCUUGAAAGGCGAGGAGCUAGUCAUUAUUGGUUAGGUUUGGCGUCGUUGGAUGAUCUCAGAACUAAUACACUCGAAUCAGCCGCAGGCACUUUGGUGUCUCAAUAUUCAGGUUUCUGGUCCCUUGACCAGCCCGAUCCAAGUAACGGAGAAUGCGUCGACGUAAUCGUUACCGAAGAAUCUCAAUCAUGGCAGCUCACUACUUGCGAAAGCCUGCAGCCCUUCAUGUGUCGCGCGAAAGCUUGCCCAACCGGAUCAUACCAUUGUUCCAACGGCAAAUGUAUCAACGAAAAAUUCCUUUGCGACAAGCAAGACGACUGCGGAGAUGGUUCUGAUGAAUUAAAUUGCCCCCUAAACUGCAAUUACUACCUAGCCAGUAGCGGGGACGUUGUUGAAAGCCCCUACUACCCACACAAAUACGCGCCACUGACCAACUGCAAAUGGACAUUGGAGGGACCACAAGGCCACAACAUCCUUCUUCAAUUCCAGGAGUUUGAAACAGAGAAAACUUUUGAUACAGUUCAGAUACUAGCUGGGGGAAGGACCGAAGACACCUCCAUAAACCUGGCUACGCUGUCAGGGAAGCAAGACUUAACGAACAGGUCAUUUGUGUCAGGAUCAAAUUUCAUGAUCAUCAAGUUCAGCACUGAUGCUUCGGUUGAAAGGAAAGGUUUCAGGGCAUCUUGGAAAACGGAGCCCCAAACUUGUGGGGGUACACUCAGGGCUACCCCUCAGGGACAAGUUCUAACAUCUCCUGGUUAUCCUGAACAGUACCCUGGUGGUUUGGAAUGUUUGUAUAUAGUACAAGCUCAUGGCGGAAAAAUUAUUACUCUGGAAGUAGAUGAUCUGGAUCUUGACGAAACACGCGAUCUUAUUUUGGUUAGAGACGGAGAUUCACCCAAAAAUAAACCAAUAGCGAGAUUAACUGGAAAAGGGGAAAGUAACCAGAAAGUGAUCAUGUCAACGGGUAGUCAGUUGUAUCUGUAUUUCAAAACAAGAUUAGGCGAUUCCAGACGAGGUUUCAGAAUCAGAUAUACACAAGGCUGCAAAGCAACAAUUAUAGCAAAGAACGGCACCCUAACCUCUCCAGCAUAUGGCCUAGAAAACUACCCAAGCAACCAAGAGUGUCUAUACAAGAUCAGAAAUCCAGGUGGACAACCCUUGUCUCUGAACUUCGGGAACUUUGAUGUUGAUAGUUCGGAUUUCGUUCAAGUAUACGAUGGUUCCACGACGAGCGGUCUACGACUUCACUCCGGAAACGGUUUUACAACAGCGACAAAACCCAAAAUCACCCUCACAGCAUCUAGUGGUGAAAUGUUAGUGAGGUUCGUGACUGACGCUUUGCACAGCAGCAAGGGAUGGGAGGCUACUUUCUCGGCUGAUUGUCCUCCACUCCAACCAGGAAUAGGAGCCCUGGCCUCAAGCAGAGACACUGCUUUUGGCACAGUCGUCACCUUUAGCUGUCCAACAGGACAAGAAUUUGCAACUGGACGCAAUCGAAUCACCACGCAAUGUAUGCCGGGCGGUAAUUGGUCAGUCAGCUACAUACCAAAGUGCCAGGAAGUUUAUUGUGGCCCCGUACCCCAAAUCGACAAUGGGUUCUCCAUAGGAUCUACAAAUGUUACCUACAGGGGACAGGCUAUGUACCAGUGCUAUGCCGGCUUUGCUUUUCCAACUGGCCAACCUAUUGAGCGGAUAUCAUGUUUAUCUGAUGGGCGAUGGGAAAAGAAACCAAAUUGCCUUGCAUCUCAAUGUGCUGCAUUACCUGAUGUGCCACACGCAAACGUUACUGUUUUGAAUGGAUUGGGACGAUCAUAUGGCACCAUAGUAAGAUACGAAUGUCAGCCAGGCUACAUAAGAAGUGGACCUCCAGUAAUUCUAUGUAUGAGCAAUGGGACUUGGUCUGGAGAUGUCCCUAUAUGUUCAAGAGCCCAAUGUCCAGAAUUCCCAGAAAUAAACAACGGAUUCAUCACCGACCUAUCCAGACAAUAUUUCUUCAAUGAUGAAGCCAGAGUUCAAUGCUUCAAAGGGUACAAACUGAUGGGCAACAGCAUCUUACGAUGCGGUGAGAACCAACUCUUCAACAACCCACCCAAAUGCGAGGAUAUCAAUGAAUGCAUCAGCAGCCAAUGUGAUGUGGCUUCUACUGAGUGUGUUAAUGCACCAGGAUCAUUUCACUGUAAAUGCCGGAAGGGAUUCGAAACAACGAAUGAGUGUCGACCCGUGGGCGAUUUGGGAUUGAUUAACGGGGGGAUCCCCGACGAGUCCAUAAGCGUUUCCGGUAGUGAGGCUGGAUAUGACAAAACGAUGGUUCGUCUGAAUAAUGGCGUUGGAUGGUGUGGCAGUGCCAUUGAUGCUGGUUCCAACUGGGUAGUCAUCGACCUGAGAGCUCCAACAAUCAUUAGAGGAUUCAGAACCGCUGCUGUUACAAGACUAGAUGGAAAUAUUGCAUUCACUUCAGCAGUACGUAUCCAGUACACUGACGACCUAACAGAUGUUUUUAAAGACUACAGAAACCCCGACGGCCUGGCAGUGGAGUUCACCAUCGAGAAACCCACACUUUCCAUUCUAAACCUUCCUGUGCCAAUCGAAGCACAGUACGUCAAGUUCAAAAUACAAGAUUACAUAGGAGCUCCGUGCUUGAAGCUGGAAAUUAUGGGCUGUACUAGACUGGAGUGUUCCGAUAUCAACGAAUGCGCUGAUAACAAUGGCGGGUGCCAACAGAAAUGUAUCAACAGUGCUGGCGACUAUUCUUGUAGCUGCAACGUUGGUUUUGAGCUAUAUACCAAAAAUGGUACCGCUGCCUACUUCAUUGAAAAGUCCGAAACCGGAGUCCGCAUUGGAGAUGUUUAUAACAUCAACAAAUCCUGUGUACCUGUUAUGUGUCCAAGUUUGAACUCUCCUGAAAAUGGGGUUAUUUUGUCAACAAGAGAGAAAUACCAUUUUGGAGAUUUGGUGAGGUUCCAGUGUGAUUUUGGCUACGUUAUGACGGGUUCUUCCUCGUUGCUUUGUACAUCCACUGGGGUAUGGAAUGGUACAGUACCGGAAUGCAAAUAUGCACAGUGUGUUUCACUUCCUGACGACAAAAAUGAAGGUCUCAAAGUUAUUCGUAACGAUGAAGAUAGUGUAUUGGUGCCCUUCAGGGAUAAUGUCACUUUACACUGCAGUAUGACUGGCAGGCAAUUGCGAGGAACUUCUGCAGCAGGUUUCAGGCAAUGUGUUUAUGAUCCACAACCAGGUUUACCCGACUACUGGCUUAGCGGCGUCCUCCCAUCCUGCCCCAGAAUCGAUUGCGGCGUUCCUCUGCCAACGCCGGGUGCAGAAUACGGCCAAUACGUCGAUACGAAAUAUCAAUCAUCAUUUUUCUUCGGCUGCCAGAACACCUUCAAACUUGCAGGACAAAGUAGUAAACAUGACAACGUUGUGAGAUGCCAGGCGAAUGGAGUGUGGGACUUUGGCGACCUGCGUUGCGAAGGUCCAGUUUGCGAAGAUCCCGGACGUCCUAGCGAUGGAAUUCAAGUAGCCAGAAGCUACGAGCAAGGAUCAGAAGUAUCUUUCGGUUGCAACCGCCCUGGAUAUAUCCUCAUCAAUCCCAGACCGAUUACUUGUGUGCGGGAUCCCGAAUGCAAAGUGGUCCGUCCUCUAGGAUUAGCUUCUGGUAAAAUCCCAGACUCUGCCAUUAACGCUACUAGCGAAAGACCUAACUACGAAGCUAGGAACGUCAGAUUGAACUCAGUCACCGGAUGGUGUGGCAAGCAAGAAGCUUUCACUUACGUCAGCGUUGAUUUGGGAAAAGUUUACCGAGUCAAGGCUAUUCUAGUCAAAGGUGUUGUAACAAAUGAUAUCGUUGGGCGACCCACUGAGAUCAGAUUCUUCUACAAGCAAGCUGAUAACGAAAACUAUGUGGUUUACUUCCCCAACUUCAAUUUGACCAUGAGAGAUCCGGGAAACUAUGGAGAGCUAGCUAUGAUCUCGUUACCUAAAUAUGUUCAAGCUAGGUUCGUGAUUCUAGGUAUUGUCAGCUAUAUGGAUAAUGCAUGCUUGAAAUUUGAACUUAUGGGGUGCGAUGAACCUGAGAAAGAGCCGCUCUUGGGAUAUGACUACGGAUAUUCUCCUUGUGUUGAUAAUGAAACUCCAGUAUUCCAAAACUGUCCACAGCAACCAGUAAUUGUACAGAAGGAUGCUAAUGGUGGAAUUCUCCCAGUAAACUUCACAGAGCCAACAGCUGUAGAUAACUCCGGUAGUAUUGCUAGAUUGGAAGUUAAACCUGCUACCUUUAAGACUCCGCUUUAUAUUUUCGAGGAUAUGGUUGUGAAAUAUGUUGCUUAUGACUUCGAUGGAAAUGUCGCAAUAUGUGAAAUCAACAUUACUGUACCAGAUAAUACUCCUCCACUGCUUAGUUGUCCUCAAAGUUACGUAAUCGAACUAGUAGACAAGCAAGACAGCUAUGCUAUCAACUUCAAUGAAACCCGUCGUCGAUUGAACGCUACCGACGCCUCCGGUGAAGUAACUAUCAAGUAUGUUCCAGAGAGAGCUACCAUUUCCAUAGGCGACUUCGAAAACGUGACGGUGAUCGCCACAGACAAAUAUGGCAACAAAGCUACUUGUCACUUCCAGGUGUCAGUCCAAGCCACUCCCUGCGUGGAUUGGGAACUGAAGCCACCUGUCAAUGGGGCACUGAACUGCUUGCCAGGAGAUAAGGGACUACAGUGUAUAGGAACCUGUAAUCCUGGGUACCGAUUUACAGACGGAGAACCUGUGAAAACGUUUUCUUGUGAAACUAAUUCGCCAUGGAGACCGACGUCUGUGGUGCCCGACUGUGUUUCAGAAAAUACCCAACAAGCUGAUUAUCACUUCACUGCUUCAAUCAACUAUCGAGCAAACGGGGCAGUAGCCACAUCUUGUCUAACCCAGUACACUGAACUGGUUUCACAGUAUUACCAAAAUUUGAACAACGUCCUCUCCGAAAGAUGCUCCGCUGUGAACGUAAAGAUGAAUGUCACUUUUCACAAAGCUGUUGCCUCUUUGAUAGAAGAAAACGUGGUCAAAGUAGAUUACAUUCUGGAAAUCGUCCCCAUAGUACGUCAACCCCAAUUAUACGAUCUCUGUGGCAGUACCUUGAAUUUGAUGUUUGAUCUUUCUGUACCAUAUGCCAAUGCUGUGGUAGAACCACUGUUGAAUGUGUCUGCCAUUGGAAAUCAGUGCCCUCCGCUGAAAGCUCUCAAGUCAACAACUAACAGGGGCUUCACUUGUAAUGUAGGAGAAGUUCUGAAUAUGGACACCAAUGAUGUACCAAGAUGUCUGCAUUGUCCUGCUGGAACUUUUGCCGGAGAAAAACAAAAAGAGUGUACCUACUGCCCAAGAGGAUUCUACCAGAACCGUGACCGACAAGGAGCGUGCAAUAGAUGUCCUCAAGGAACGUACACCCGAGAGGAAGGAUCCAAGAGUGUUCACGAUUGUGUCCCUGUUUGUGGAUAUGGUACCUACUCUCCAACUGGUCUAGUACCAUGUCUAGAGUGUCCCAGAAAUAGUUACACGAGUGAACCACCAACUGGAGGAUUCAAAGACUGUCAAGCCUGCCCGGCAAAUACUUUCACUUAUCAACCAUCUUCGCCAGGAAAGGACAGAUGUAGACCCAAGUGUGGUCCAGGGCAGUACUCGCCAACAGGACUAGCACCAUGUUCGCUGUGUCCCAAAGAUUUCUACCAAUCGAUACCCGGACAAACAUAUUGUAAUGAAUGCCCCAGUAACAUGGGAACUGAAGGUGCCGGAGCAGCCGGUAGGGACGAAUGCCAUCCAGUUCAAUGCAAGGACAGUGCCUGUCAACAUGGUGGCCUCUGCGUUCCAAUGGGACACGGAAUUCAAUGCUUCUGUCCUGCAGGAUUCUCUGGUAGAAGAUGCGAGAUCGACAUAGAUGAAUGUUCCUCACAACCUUGUUACAAUGGUGGUACUUGCAUCGACCUGCCUCAAGGAUAUAAAUGCCAGUGUCCUCCUGGAUAUUCGGGUAUCAAUUGUCAAGAAGAAAGGUCCGAUUGUUCUAAUGAUACUUGUCCUGCAAGGGCGAUGUGUAAAGACGAACCAGGAUAUAAGAAUUACACGUGCCUCUGUCGUUCUGGAUAUACAGGAAUUGAUUGUGAUGUGACGAUUGAUCCUUGCUCAGCAAACGGCAACCCAUGCAACAAUGGGGCUACUUGCAUUGCAUUGCAGCAAGGCAGGUUCACCUGCGAAUGUCUACCAGGUUGGGACGGUCAACUGUGCGAGAACAAUAUCGACGACUGCUCCGAAAAACCUUGUCUACUUGGAGCCAACUGCACGGACUUAGUAGCGGACUUCAGCUGCUCGUGUCCACCAGGCUUCACAGGUAAGAGAUGCCAGGAGAAGAUUAACAUGUGCGGCAGAAACCCUUGCAAGAACGGAAUCUGCGUGGAUAAACUGUUCUACUAUGACUGCGUUUGCAACCCCGGUUGGAGCGGAGAGACCUGCGAGUCCAACAUCAAUGACUGCCAGCCCAAUCCUUGCGAAAAUGGCGGCCAUUGCAUAGACGGUGUGGAUGACUUCACUUGCACCUGCGAGCCAGGAUUCACCGGAAAAAAAUGCCAGCACACUAUCGACUUCUGUUCUUCGGAGCCUUGCCAAAACGGAGCGACUUGCACGGACCUGGUGGACACCUUCUCCUGCAAGUGCCGACCGGGCUUCGUCGGUCUUCAGUGUGAAGCUGAAAUCGAUGAAUGUCUGAGCGAUCCUUGCAACCCCGUGGGAACUGAAAGAUGCGUCGACUUGGACAAUAAGUUUGUCUGCAUGUGCCGAGAGGGUUAUACAGGCAGUUUCUGCGAAGUCAACAUCGAUGACUGCCACUCCCAACCUUGUUUGAAUGGAGGAUCCUGUAGAGACGAAGUGGGUGCCUAUCGUUGUGUUUGUCAACCUGGCUGGACUGGUGCUAACUGCGAGACGGAUAUUGGAAGUUGUCAAACAAGGCCUUGCCAGAAUGAUGCCAAAUGUAUUAAUUUGUUCCAGGACUUUUUCUGUGUGUGUCCUUCAGGAACCGACGGAAAGCAGUGCGAAACCGCUCCCGAAAGAUGCAUAGGCAACCCCUGCAUGCACGGUGGUAAGUGUCAAGAUUUCGGCUCAGGCCUCAACUGUUCCUGCAGCGAUAAUUACAGCGGCAUUGGCUGUCAAUAUGAGUACGAUGCAUGUCGAGCGAACGCCUGUAAAAAUGGUGCUACCUGUACAAAUGAUGUACCCGGAUUCAGGUGUAUCUGUCCUCCUGGGUAUACUGGAAAGUUCUGCGAAGAAGACAUAGUGGAUUGUAAGGAGAACUCUUGCCCGCCCAGUGCCACUUGUAUUGAUCUGACAGGAAAGUUCUACUGUCAAUGUCCAUUCAAUUUGACUGGCGAAGACUGUCGAAAAACUAUUUCUGUUGACUACGACUUGUACUUCAGUGAUGCUACACGAAGCUCAGCAUCGCAAGUGAUUCCUUUCUAUACGGGAUCUAAAACUAGCCUGACCAUAGCUAUGUGGGUUCAGUUCACGGAAAAAGACGAAAAUGGAAUUUUCUUCACUCUCUACAGCGUGUCGUCCAAACACGUUGCAAAUGACAGACGACCGAUGGUCCAAGCACAUUCCAACGGAGUCCAGAUAUCCAUUUUCCCUGAUGUCCAAGAUGUGUAUUUGAGUUACAGAGAUUAUACCACAGUAAAUGAUGCCCAGUGGCACCAUAUCGCCAUCGUAUGGGAUGGAGAAAAUGGAGGAGAGCUCAAAUUGAUAACGGAGGGCUUGAUUGCCAGCAAAGUCAAAGGAUAUGGCAGCGGACGUAAAUUACCAGAAUAUGCUUGGGUAACCCUAGGAAAGCCCCAAACAGGUAACCCGAAAGCCUACACUGAGUCAGGGUUCCAAGGCCACCUCACCAAAGUUCAGAUAUGGGGCAGAGCUUUAGAUGUCACCAACGAAGUCCAAAAACAAGUUAGAGACUGUAGGACCGAGCCAGUACUAUACAGGGGUCUCAUUCUGACCUGGGCGGGAUAUGAAGAAACAGUAGGAGGAGUAGAACGAAUAGUGCCAUCUCAUUGUGGCCAAAGAAAUUGUCCACCUGGAUACAAAGGUCAGAAAUGUCAAGAACUGGAGGUGGACAAAAUACCGCCCAAGGUUGAAUAUUGUCCUGGAGAUUUGUGGAUCAUAACCAAGAACGGUUCGGCGUUGGUAGUGUGGGAUGAGCCGCAUUUCAGCGACAAUGUGGGGAUAACGAAAGUUCAAGAGAAGAGCGGACAUCGACCUGGACAAACGCUGUUAUGGGGUAUUUAUCAGAUAGCAUAUGUCGCUUCUGAUGCUGCUGGUAAUACAGCAACAUGUACUUUCAAGGUUUCUGUAUUAGCUGAAUUUUGUCCAGAAUUGCCAGACCCAAUCGGUGGAAUCCAGUCAUGCAAAGACUGGGGUGCCGGUGGCCAGUUCAAGGUUUGCGAAAUCGGGUGCAACCCAGGCUUGAGAUUCUCCCAAGAAAUUCCUCUUUUCUACACCUGUGGAGCUGAAGGAUUUUGGAGACCAACGAAUAAUCCAAAUCUGCCAUUAGUAUAUCCAGCUUGUUCUGCUUCUAAACCUGCCCAAAGGGUAUUCAGAAUCGCGAUGUUGUUCCCAAGCUCAGUACUAUGUAACGAAGCAGGACAAGGAGUACUCAAACAAAGAGUGCGUACAGCAGUUAACUCCCUGAACAGAGAUUGGAACUUCUGUUCGUUCUCUGUCGAAGGUACUAGAGAGUGUAAAGAACUCAAUAUAGACGUUAAGUGCGACCACAGGAAUAGGCAAACGAGACAAGUGAGCAACGAUGAUGACGGUGGUACCUACGUCAUCAAUGCCAGUGUACCCGUUGGCAAAAAUUCCCGACAAGGAAGGCAGUCGUCCAGUGAUACUUACGACAUAGAAAUCUCAUUCCCGGCGUUGAAUGAUCCAGUAGUACACUCCAACACGAAUGAGAGAUCUUCUGUGAAAGCCCUACUAGAGAAGUUGAUACUGGAAGAAGAUCAAUUCGAUGUACGAGACAUUCUGCCAAACACUGUACCAGAUCCGUCGUCGUUGGUACUUCAAUCCGAUUACGCUUGUCCUUCUGGUCAAGUUGUUAUGGCACCAGAUUGCGUUCCUUGUUCCAUCGGAUCCUACUACAACAAAGAUACAAAGACCUGUAUUUCUUGCGCUCAAGGAUUCUAUCAGAGCGAAUCUGGACAGCUACAGUGUAUACAAUGUCCUGUUAUUGCUGGCAGACCAGGAGUAACAGUUGGACUUGGAGCUCGAAGUGCUGCUGAUUGCAAAGAGCGUUGCCCAGCUGGAAAAUACUAUGAUCAUGAUGCUGGUUUAUGUCGCAGCUGCGGACACGGAUUCUAUCAACCCAACGAAGGAUCUUUCUCUUGCGAAAUUUGUGGUUUGGGAAAAACUACAAGAACGAACGAAGCUGUUUCAGUUAAAGAAUGUCGUGAUGAAUGUGGCAGUGGAAUGCAGCUUGCAUUGGACGGAAAAUGUGAACCAUGUCCUCGGGGAACCUUCAGAUCUCAAGGAGUUCAAUCAGCCUGCCAAGGAUGUCCUAUUGGAAGGACAACCCCAAAGGUUGGCGCGGUUACUGUUGAGGAAUGUUCUUUACCAGUCUGUACGCCAGGCUCUUAUCUGAAUGGAACAUUGAACAGCUGCACACCGUGUAAGAAGGGAUACUAUCAGUCCGAAUCCCAGCAGACGACAUGCAUUCAGUGUCCUCCAAAUACUAGUACUAAGGGACCUGCCGCGACGAGCAAAGCUGAAUGUGUGAACCCUUGUGACACUGAGAUACAUUGCGACCCCAACGCAUUCUGUCUGGUGAAUCUUGAAACUGGCGACUUCAAGUGCGAGUGUAAGCCAGGCUUUAACAGUACUGGCUAUCAUUGCAUCGAUGUUUGUGAUGGUUUCUGCGAGAAUGAAGGCACUUGUGUCAAAGACGUCAGAGGUCAACCGUCCUGUAGGUGCAUCGGAAGCUUUACAGGAAAACAUUGCCACGAGAAAUCGGAGUUCGCUUAUAUCGCUGGUGGUAUUGCCGCCUCCGUUAUUCUAAUAAUCUUCAUUGUACUGUUGAUAUGGAUGAUUUGCGCAAGGUAAGAAUUUCACUCUCGA